AUGGCGGUGCUUGGCUCGCUCUUUCUGCUUUUAAUGCUGGAAAAAACACGGAACUCGAGCCAACUGGAUGGAUUACUGACGGAGCCCACCAGGGAUUUGCCCCAAUUGGAACUUUGGCUGCGAGCGAGUAAGCAGCAUCAGGAUGAGGAGAAUCCCUAUGUCCAAUGGUUCAUGCAUCGCAUGGAAAUGCCUCUGACCAUUCGAACAUAUGAGGAAACUGAGGAUUGGCAGGACGAUCCUUUUGGCUGGGAUAAUCUAGCCUUGGUCAUGAGCUUAGACCAACUCAUUGCCAAUCAAGGAGCAGCUGCACCUAGCCAGAAAGCUGGUGUUUUCUUCUAUAUCCUGGCAGAUCAAGUCGAGGAGUUUACACCAGAAAAACAACUACUUUUGGAGCGCAGCUGUCGUCAGUUAUGGAUGCAGCACAAAAUCUACAAUCGUUUCUUUCUCUUUGGAUAUGGAAUUUGGGUCUAUGAUCCCUUCAAGCGUCGCGAUUCCGUAUUUGGGCAAUUGGUGCGGUAUUUUGGUUCCGAACCACUGAACAAACUAUUUUUCCUUGACAUGGCUGGCUAUCCAUUACGGAUUCAGAUGUUCAAGUCCGUAUACACGCGGCCGGAAAUCGAUAAGGAUACGGGUUUGUUGACGAGCAUCACUGGCGCGGACUUUCAGGUGGCCCAAAUGCUCAGGGAACGACUGAAUUUCACCAUGUUGCUGCAGCAGCCGGAAAAAAACUACUUUGGAGAACGCAGUGCCAAUGGCAGUUACAAUGGCGCCAUAGGAUCGAUUAUCGGAGAUGGAUUGGAUAUAUGUCUGACGGGGUUCUUUGUCAAGGAUUACCUUGUGCAACAGUACAUGGACUUCACUGUGGCCGUCUAUGACGAUGAGCUGUGUAUAUAUGUCCCGAAAGCUAGUCGAAUACCCCAAUCGAUUCUUCCCAUCUUUGCUGUUGGCUAUGACAUUUGGUUGGGUUUCAUUCUGACCGCCUUCGCUUGUGCUUUGAUUUGGCUAACACUGCGGGUGAUUAACCUGAAACUGAGAAUAGUCCAUCUGGUGGAUCAGCAUCUAUUGGCCCAGGCAUUGGGCAUAAUGGUGGAUACCUGGGUGGUUUGGGUUCGUCUCAAUUUGAGCCACUUGCCAUCGAGCUAUGCCGAACGGAUGUUCAUUGGCACUCUCUGUUUGGUGAGCGUGAUCUUUGGCGCCAUCUUCGAGUCCAGCUUGGCCACCGUCUACAUACAUCCCUUGUACUAUAAGGAUAUCAAUACUAUGCAGGAAUUGGAUAACAGUGGCCUGAAGGUGGUCUACAAGUACUCCUCGAUGGCGGAUGAUCUGUUCUUUAGCGAAACAUCGCCAUUGUUUGCCAGUCUUAAUAGCAAACUUACCUGGAACCGAGAUCUGCGAGCGGAUAUCAUCGAUGAGGUGGCCAAAUCUAGAAACAAGGCGGGUGUCUCUAGAUACACUUCCCUGAUCUUGGAAUCAUCGCAUUUCACAUUGAUGAGCCAGAUCUGGGUGGUUCCUGAGUGCCCCAAGUACUAUACCAUUUCGUAUGUCAUGCCACGGGAUUCUCCCUGGGAAGAUGCGGUGAAUGCCCUGCUUUUGAGAUUCCUCAGUGCUGGACUGAUUGUCAAAUGGAUUCAGGAUGAGAAGUCCAGGGUGGACAUUCAGAUGCGACAGAAAGUACUGCAAGCCAAUUCCGAAUCAGAGCUUGUAAGGGUCCUCACCAUUGGUGAUCUUCAGUUGGCCUUCUAUGUGGUCAUCGGUGGGAAUCUGUUGGCUUUUCUUGCCUUUUUCGUGGAACACUUUGGGCGGCAACUGCUAAGGAAAGUCUUUCAUUAA